GGAUAAGAAUGCAUGCAAGGAAAGCAGUUUCUGAGCUGUUGUAGUAAUACAGAUGAGCAAUGGUGCCAGUGGUGAAAAAUGGUCAGACUCUGGUUCUAUCUUUGAAGAUACAGACAACAAGCUCUGGAUAUUGGGCAUGAGAGAAAGAGACUGGUUUUGACCCAAACAAUUGUCAGAAUUCUGGUUAUAUUUGUGAUGAGAUCAAUAAGUCAGAGAAGCCAGAAAGCUGUGAUAAUGUGAAGGUGGUUGUGAGGUGCCGACCCCUCAAUGAGAGAGAGAAGUCCAUGUGCUACAGACAGGCUGUCAGUGUGGAUGAGAUGAGGGGAACUAUCACUGUACAUAAGACCGAUUCUUCCAAUGAGCCUCCAAAGACAUUUACUUUUGAUACAGUUUUUGGACCAGAGAGUAAACAACUUGAUGUUUAUAACUUAACUGCAAGGCCCAUUAUUGAUUCUGUUCUUGAAGGCUACAAUGGGACUAUUUUUGCAUAUGGACAAACUGGAACAGGCAAAACUUUUACUAUGGAAGGUGUUCGAGCUGUUCCUGAACUGAGAGGAAUCAUUCCAAAUUCAUUUGCUCAUAUAUUUGGUCAUAUUGCAAAAGCAGAGGGUGAUACAAGGUUUUUGGUUCGGGUGUCUUAUUUGGAAAUAUAUAAUGAAGAGGUUCGUGACCUCUUGGGCAAGGAUCAGACACAGAGGUUAGAGGUUAAAGAAAGACCUGAUGUGGGAGUUUAUAUCAAAGAUUUAUCAGCUUAUGUGGUAAAUAAUGCUGAUGAUAUGGAUAGAAUUAUGACACUGGGCCACAAAAAUCGUUCUGUUGGUGCAACUAAUAUGAAUGAGCAUAGUUCCCGUUCCCAUGCCAUCUUUACAAUUACCAUAGAAUGCAGUGAAAAAGGCGUUGAUGGUAACAUGCACGUCAGGAUGGGGAAGCUCCAUCUUGUAGAUCUUGCUGGUUCAGAAAGACAGGCAAAAACUGGAGCUACUGGACAGCGCCUCAAGGAAGCUACAAAAAUCAAUCUUUCGCUUUCCACCCUUGGUAAUGUAAUUUCUGCCUUGGUUGAUGGAAAAAGCACUCAUGUGCCUUAUCGUAAUUCUAAAUUGACUCGCCUUCUUCAGGAUUCCUUAGGAGGAAAUUCAAAGACCAUGAUGUGUGCAAAUAUUGGGCCAGCAGAUUAUAAUUAUGAUGAAACUAUUAGUACAUUACGGUACGCUAACCGUGCUAAGAACAUUAAAAAUAAAGCUAGAAUUAAUGAAGAUCCAAAGGAUGCUUUACUUCGUCAAUUUCAGAAAGAAAUAGAAGAACUGAAAAAAAAGCUUGAGGAAGGGGAAGAAAUAUCAGGCUCUGAUAUCAGUGGGUCAGAAGAGGAUGAUGAUGAAGAGGGUGAGGUUGGAGAAGAUGGAGAGAAAAGGAAAAAAAGAAGGGAUCAAGCAGGUAAAAAGAAAGUUUCCCCUGAUAAGAUGGUUGAAAUGCAAGCAAAAAUUGAUGAAGAGAGAAAAGCACUUGAAACAAAGCUUGACAUGGAAGAAGAAGAAAGAAACAAGGCUAGGGCUGAAUUAGAGAAACGGGAAAAGGAUCUUCUUAAGGCCCAACAAGAGCAUCAGUCUUUGCUAGAGAAAUUAUCCGCACUGGAGAAGAAGGUAAUUGUUGGUGGUGUUGAUUUAUUGGCGAAAGCUGAGGAACAAGAGAAACUUCUUGAAGAAUCUAAUAUGGAACUGGAAGAAAGGAGGAAAAGAGCAGAGCAACUUCGAAGAGAAUUGGAGGAAAAGGAGCAAGAACGCUUGGAUAUUGAAGAAAAAUAUACCAGUUUGCAAGAGGAAGCACAGGGAAAGACCAAAAAAUUAAAGAAAGUUUGGACUAUGCUGAUGGCUGCAAAGUCAGAGAUGGCUGAUCUCCAACAAGAACAUCAGAGGGAAAUUGAAGGUCUAUUGGAGAACAUUCGACAACUUAGCCGGGAGCUUCGGCUUCAGAUGCUUGUUAUUGAUAACUUUAUACCUCAGGAUUACCAGGAAAUGAUUGAAAACUAUGUCCAUUGGAAUGAAGACAUAGGAGAAUGGCAGCUAAAAUGUGUUGCCUACACAGGAAAUAACAUGAGGAAGCAAACUCCAAUUCCUGAUAAAAAAGAGAAAGAUCCUUUUGAAGUGGACCUUUCCCAUGUGUAUCUUGCCUACACCGAGGAGAGCCUGCGACAGUCUCUGAUGAAAUUGGAGAGGCCACGGACUUCAAAGGGGAAAGCAAGGCCAAAGACAGGGAGAAGAAAGCGUUCUGCAAAGCCUGAAACUGUAAUUGACUCUUUACUUCAGUAAAUGUUACAGACUUAAAGUCUCAAUAAAAAUAUCACUAUCCUCA